AUGCGUACGGCGUCGGCGUUGCCAGAUUUACCAGACCAGAAAUGUUUAUGCUGCGGGGUUUAUGGUUUUGGUGAAAACGCCGCAAUAGAGGGAAGAAGAAUGGGAGUCUUCUCAGUGGGCCUGGCCAUAUUCGCCGCCUUUUGGAGCGUGGGGUUGUCCAAAAUGACGACGGUCAUACCCCAUGACGCUCAUCCGGGGUACAACGUGAAAAAAUUUCAAUCGAACAACGGACUGGACUACAAACUGCUCGAUUCGGACUUCUCGCAGUUCUUUACAAUGCUGCACGACGGUUCUAUCAUGACCGUGUCGGAUGUAAGCCCUUUAGUGAAUCACCCUGUAGAUUUGGUUGUGCUGGAGAAGAAGGGUAACGCUAGUAUAACUCACAUGCUUGAAUUGUACGUGCUGGAUCGAAAAAACAUGCUGAGUUUCAAGACGGAAUGCUCCGAGGAGAUUGUGGGAUCAGUUCCUGAAAACUCACCGUCAGGGACUAAAAUAACUGGUAUUCCUUUGCUGCAAGCAACCAGUGAUGCGUCGUCUACCGUAGCCGUUACAUACAGCAUUAUUGCCGGUAAUGAAGGUAACUCAUUUGAGCUACAAAACAUCCUAACAGGCGACUGUUUGGAGAAUGUUACAGUCAAUGAUACUAAAGGAGGAGUAAAUAUAGUAACAGCUCAACUACUAGAUAGAGAAGAUAUAAGUCACUAUGUUUUAACUAUACAAGCUUCAGAUCCCAGCGGUGUUAACAAGGCUGUAACGAACGUGGUGAUCAAUGUUGAAGAUGAAAAUGAUAACAGUCCAGUUUUCACGCAGAAAGUAUACAGAUUCGUCGUCGGUGAUGAUUCGAUGGAAGGCGACAACAUCACCAUGACGUGGAAGCGAUUUUCUUCAAUUGGAAAAGUAGAAGCCACAGAUGCUGAUGGUGAUAAGAUAGCAUACAAACUAGCAACUCCUACAAACUUUUUAGUAAUAGUACCACAAACCGGAGAUCUAUUAUUAUCACAAGAACCCAUAGAAGAGAUCGAGUUGGAACUCGUAGUGGAAGCCCACGAUCUCAGAAUACCUUCCAGAACAUCACCAAGACCAGCACAAGUGAUUUUCCAUUUUAAACCUGCGGAAAACUCUAAGGUAGACAUCGAUCUCGACCUCCAACAUUUGGAAGAACAACAUGAACUUCACAGAACCAAACGUAGAGUGACAAGAGCUGUAAGACCCACCAAACGUAUUGAAUUUACGGAGACUGACGGUGAUACUGAUGGGAGAAACGUUUUCCAACUGGAGAAGGAGACGGAUCGUGAGACUUUCAAGAUCAGGGAUGAAAAUGCAUGGGUGACGGUGGAUCCCAAUGGUUCAGUUAGAGUGAAAAAGAAGUGGGACUAUGAGGAACUGGGGCCAGAAAAGACCAUUGAUUUUUGGGUUAUCAUUACCAAUGCAGAAAAAGGAGUAAUAUCAUUCCUGCAAAAUACCAUUGCUGCAAAACCACUUUCCUGCAAAAUAAUCAACACUGUCGACAAUACAGAGACUUGCAUAGUGCGAUUGUCGAUUUUUCCUGCUAUAGAAAACAUCGCAGCAGGAGCGUGCACCCUUCGCGCGCGUUCACUUAAUUUUUCCUGCCGCCUGCAUCCUCUGCUGAUUCUUCUUCUUCUUUCAAAACCUCCUCCUGCAAAAUUCUACCGCGCUAUAUCGAUCGAUCGCCACGCCCGACCUCUAUGUGAGCUCUUAGACACCCUCGCAACGUCACCAGCAGGAACAGCAGGAGUAGGAGCGUCGAGACGCCGGCCCUUAACAACGCCGCACGCUGCCAAAAACCGCGAAAAAGUUUUGUGA